AUGCGAAAAGUAUACUUUGAUGCUAAACCAUCAUUAUUAAUAACUUUUGAUGAUAUAACAAAUAUAACGAACACAUCAGGAGUUCCAGUACCGAAUGGCUACGGUGGUUUGAAUUGGGAAAAUGUUCUGGUUUUGAAUGGUUUAAACACUAGUAAUCCUACCAGUGGCUAUAGAACUGGUGUUGUUAGCCCUCCAUAUCUUGCCUUUGAUGGAUGGGGUAGUCCUAUGGCUAUUACAAAUGCAGCUACAAAUACAUUUACAAUAAAUUCAUUUUAUUCAUGCGCAGUUUGGUAUGAUAAUGUUACAUUGGAGAUAACUGGUACAAGAGAAGGUACCACUUUGUAUACGUAA